AUGUCCCCCCCAAUUUUCCAUCUCUUCUCCCAGCUCCCGUGUGAGCUCCGACUACACAUCUGGGAGUCAGCAAUUAGAAACUGGACAGCAAACGUUUACGACUCUUCAACAUGGGACUGGGAUAAGUUUGACGCAGUAAAUCCAAUGCCAGAGGCUCCCAGGAAGCGAUCCUAUGGCAUAAACUACGUGAGCCUCGAUACUAAUGGCGAUGGUAUUCCUCUAGACUGCAGCUGGAACAAACCUCAACCCGCGAACCGGUCUGCCUACCUCUGGCACGCCGGUCUGUGGAUGGCAUGCAAAGAGUCUCGUGAGGUCAUGAGAAAACACUGGUUCAACGACCCCUACUCCAAAAGCCAUCCUGAAUACGUGGAAGAGACGGUGAACGACGGUCUGUGGAAGUGGCUUUACGGCAAUGAAGAGGGACCAGAUGUGAUUUGGAAUGAGUGGGGUCGAGAACUGGAAUCCUAUGAGCCUUGGCUUAUGACUACAUCCCCUGGGGACAUGUUCUGCAUUACUCCGGACAACUAUAGGCCCCUCGCCCGGUUCAAGCUCUUCCUAAGGCGCAGCAACCAUAGGAUUUAUGAAUAUGCUGUAGAGUUUGACCCAGCCUGGACGUCUGAGCUGGCUGGCCUCGACAAAUAUCGACCGACAGACCGCUUAUCGCCCACUUUAGCCUUCGCCAUCAGAAUCUUUUGCGAAAUUGCAACUCAGCAAAUGGGUCUACCGUCGGUCGUACAUCUUAUCGACAGAUACUCUGGCUGGAAGAAAGUCAGUAAAGCCGAGGAACCAUCGGUGUAUUACGAUUGCGAACACGAGUAUAUCAAGAUCGACCCGAGCAAUCCUCUGGCCGCAAAUCGUCUUGUCCGAAGUGCCCCUAUUCUCUGGUUCUUGGACCAGGUUGACCGGCUCCUCAAGCAUCGAUUGACCUGGAAACGAAAGACAUCUCCUUGGGCUUGGGGUGAUCACGGGCUUCCGCCAGAUGGGUUGUCUGUUCGGAAGUUGGUGCGGGUCGUGGCCAGGCGUGAUAAGGAGGUGGUGCUCAAGGCUACAAAAUGCAAUGCUAUUCUGCCUUAG